AAAGAUGCCUCGUGAUGUUUUUGUUCCACCUUAGAGGAGGGGAAUGUCUUCUAAGGUCACCAAGGCUGGAUUGGAGCCCUCCAAAGAAGCACAAGAACUGAAGUAACCUUCGAUAGCAGGCAUACAACUUCUGCGCUCCUAUUGCUGGAUUCAGCACUUCAGUAUCUCGUCAACAUCAUUUGAGGCGAUCAAAGUAUUCGUUCAGACAUUAUCUCAUCUCCGCUCUAUCGAGUGCAAAACAAUCAGAUAUUUUCGAAAGCGUCCCGAAAAUGGAAUCAGCGGAUAUCUGUGUGAUGGAAGGCAAUGCCGACUUCUACGGCAUUGGCAUACGAUUAGGUCUCUACGCGCAGUCUAUAACGACACUCCUCGUCACUCUCUUCACACAGGAAGAGGAAGGCCUGAAUCGAACCCUUAACCUCCUCCUACAACUAGCUAUUUUCGCCGGAACGUUGCUCCUGACGCAAACAGGCGACAUCCAUGCGUUUGAAGUUGUGAUCGUCUUCUGGUUACUCGUCGGUUCACUUUCAAGCCUCACGGGAGACGGUCUUAUGAGUAUUGAUUCCUUCUCGGGAGUCUGUCGCCUCUUGUUUUACCUCGCGCUGUCGGCUUACGGCUCGUGGUUUUGGUUUGUUGGUGCGGACACGAUGCAGCAGCCAAAAUGCACCGAGAUCUUGUUUUUCGGCGGCUCUACGAUAGAUGGCUGGUUUCGAACCUUUGGCAAAGCAAUCGCGAUUAUUGGACUGGCAGUGACCAGCGGGAUGCUCGUAUGGGGCGUGACUAUCUAUGCUAAGAAGCGAGGAAAGGGAAACCAGAGAAGCUCUCAUCGUCGUGCACAGACGGAGAUUACGCUCAUGUUCCUCUCCAUUGCCAUGACGGUAUUAUCAAUCGUUGCAACCGAGUAUGUCAUACGGGCGAAUCAUCUCAGCGAUGUGGACGACAUAUUCGUGGUGGGGCAGAUCCUAGCGUUUCUUGUAGGGCUCUUUCAGCUGCUUAACACCCUUAUCCCUAUUUUCUUCAAGGGUCGUCUGUGGGCGCCUAGGUGUUGGCUCCUUUUCGGACGCCAUCUCACCUAGUUUUGAUCCUCAAAAAUUGGCAACGUGAAUCUUAAUAAUAGACCCUUCCGCCAAAUAUAAUCUAUUUCUCCCUACUUCCUUAUCUUUUCCCAUGUGAAUUUUAAUCGAUAUAAUGCGAAAUCUAAUGCGUCUAGUGAUAUCGCGGGA